AUGAAGAGAGAAAUUAAUACUACGCAGCCUGGAGAUUUUAAAAAAGCAGUAUCUCUAGAUAGUAAAAUCACAGCUACUUAUAAUGGAUACUACCCAGAGGACUAUAAAACAUCAAUUGAUGUUAUUGAUGUUCCUAAUACUGAGAAAGAAAAACUGAAUUUUUUUGAUAAGUAUGUUUUACGAAGAAAACCUUGCAAAAUUAUUGGCGUUUCUUCAGAAGGAUUCCCAUUAAAAGAAUUACAAUUUGAGAAUAUUAAAAACACUCUAAAUGAAAAUGAAAUUUUACAAAUCGAAAAGAAAGCAAAUGGUGGUUUUGGUAGUGGUAAUAAACGUUUGAAACUAAAAUUUGGUGAAUUCAUUGAUGAGAUAACUAAAAAUCAACAAACUGAUUUAUAUCUAACAACUCAAUACUAUGAAGAUGAUCCAGAAAAUGGUAAUUAUUCUUCUGAUGAAGAAGAAAAAGAUCAAAUCAUUGAUGAAAAGUUCAAUACUAAUUUUUCCGACAAUGAAUCUUUAGUGAAUUUAAAUGACUUACAUGAUGAUUUUGAUGAGUUAGAACAAUGUAAUGGAAAUUCUGAAGAUGAAGAAAAUGUGGAAGAUCAGAUAAUUGAAGAUCAACUGAGACUCAAAGAAUUAUAUCAACCUCCAAUGACUAACUUGGUUAAAACUUUACCGGAAACUCCAGAUUUUCUAGACUAUCUAAUUCCUCAGCAGAUUAACCUUUGGGUGGGUGCAACUUCAAAACAAGACAAUAUUAAUUUUACUGAAAGUUUCAAACCAGACUCUUCAGAUAAAUGGAUGGGCCUUGGUAGAAAUAUUCCUGGUGACGGUUCAUCAUCUGGGUUACACCAUGAUCAUGCUGAUAAUCUUUAUAUCCCAAUAGAUGGGUAUAAACGCUUUACUUUAUUUUCUCCAGGUGACGCAGCGAAGAUGUAUCUAGUUGGAGAUAUUAAAAGAGUGUUUAAUAGUGGCUUGAUUGAUUAUAUCCAUAAUGAAAAAGCACCCUUUUGGAGAGAAUUGAGAGCAGAUGGAGCUAUUGUUGCAGAAACUUAUAAAAAAAUAUUAAAUGACAAGUCAAUUGAAUUAGAUGAUAAACAAAAAAAUGAAUAUGAAGAUUUCGUCAGAAAAGAUUUUUUAGCAUCAACUGAACUCACUGAUAAAGGAACUUUAAAUACAGAUCCUGCAUCAUUUUCUACUAUCCCACCUUCAUUUAUCCAUUUAGAUGAAAUUGAAAAUGAAGUUACGAAAAAAGCAAUGGAUGAACUGAUUGAUAAGAAAUGGCCAUUAUUUAAAAAAGCCAAUCGUAUUGAAGUUAAUGUAAAACCAGGCGAAAUGUUAUAUUUACCUACUGGUUGGUUCCAUGAAGUAACUUCUUAUGGUGCUGACAACAAAAAAAUUAAAAAUAAAAAUAACGUACAUGUUUCAGUCAAUUAUUGGUUUAUUCCGCCUGAUGGAAAUUCAAUUGAAAACAUAUAUGCUAACGCUGAUAAUUAUUGGCCAACUGAUUACAAAAGAACGAAAGAAGCAUUGAAGAGAAUACGUGAAGCAGUCAAAUAG